AUGAUUUCCACCAUAUUCGACUCCGAGCGCGCCAUUGCGUCCGUCUUCAACUCGGCCGUUGCAGCCGCCGCCAUUGGGGCCGCGUGGGAGCUCGGCGUGCUGGAUGAGCUGCGAGACCAGAAGAAGCUGCACAUCACCAAGUUUGCAAGCCAUCGUGGGCUUGAUGAAGGCUCGUUGGAGGGCCUCGUCGCCGCGCUGGCCGCCGUCGACGUGGUCCGGCGCCAGGACGACACAGUCAUGGUGGUGGCGGGAAAGCUACUGCACGAGGCCUACCGGAACAAGUCGACCUUUCACUGGCUCAGCCUCGGCUCCGGCGGUCUCUUCGCGCAGAUGCCGGCGGUGCUGCGUAACGAGAACCGGACCGGCGACUUCUAUCGUCGAGACCCGGCUGAUAUUGCCUACGCCUGCCGCGACAUCAACCACCAGUACUUCGAUCCGGCCUUUUGGGCCGCCGUGGACGGCCUCGACUACCGCUUCUCGGCCGUCGUCGACCUUGGGUGCGGCAGCGGCGAGCGGCUGAUGCAAAUCCUCGACCGCCACCCCGGCGCCGUCGGCAUCGGCGUCGACCUCGCCGGUCCAGCCAUCGAGGUCGCCGUGGCCGAAGCUGCAGACCGCGGUCUGUCCAACCGUCUCUCCUUUGCAGAGGGCGACGCCCGUGACAUGAGCUUCCGCGACGAGUUUGCCCCCGUCGACCUGCUUACGUGCUUCAUGAUGGGCCACGACUUCUGGCCCCGCGACAACUGUAUCGCCACCCUGAGGCGGCUGCGUGAGGCCUUCCCUAGCGUCCGCCGUUUCCUGCUCGGCGAUGCCACUCGGAUCUUGCUCGGCGACGUGCAGUCCAAGCAUGCCGUCAGCGAGGACAACAUCCCCGUCUUCACCCUUGGCUUCGAGCUCGGCCACGCCAUGAUGGGCGUCUACUUACCCACCUUGGAGGAGUGGGAGGGCGUCUUCGCUGAAGGUGGAUGGCGUUGUGUGAAGAAACACCUCAUCGAGACUCUGACGCUGUCGGUCGUCUUCGAGCUGGAGCACGCUUGA